GCCGGCAGCAUGGAUCGAGUGCACAAUCCGCUAAUCGAUUGACAAGCACCUGCCCCGCACGCAAUGGAGUCGCAGCCGGGUCCCUGCGCAUCGGCCGUGCACGUCCUUCGAUGCCCAAAAGCACAACGCCGACCCAACCCGACCUCAGGGACGACGGCGCAUGCAGACCAGCGGUGUGUCCAGCACCCACUGUGGAGAACAUCACACGAGGAGUGUCAAACAUGCGGGCACACAGCGAUGGCGACGACGACGAUGGUGGUGGCGGUGACGAUGCCGACGAACGAUUCGGGGAGGACUUGGAAGCAGGGGACGACGACGGCGACAUUCCUAUUCGGCCUUUGGGGAAGACGGGUGGGAGGGGGAGAGGACGCAGUAGAGGUGUUGUUCGUGGUCGAUCCGUUGGCCGUGGGGGCAGAGGUGACGCCAGUGACGACGGUGGGAAGUCUGCAACGUACUGGUCUCCGGAAGAGCAAAUGCAACAGCUGCCCAGGCGAGGAGCGGGUGCUGGGGAGUCUGUUGGUAGUGAGGCCGCUGGUGAAGGCUUCCCUGAAGAACGUUCUUAUACGAGGGACUCCGACAACAACGCAACCAGCGGGGCUGGAGGCGCGAAGCAGAAGAAUGCGCGUCAACAGGCGUUGGAGUCGAUUGCGGAUGUCAUGGACCGCCUUGGCGAACUAAUGUCGUCGACGAUCGAAUCGUCUAGCAAGCGGCAAUGCAGCAUAUUCACGAGGCAAUGGGACAUACUCGAGCAGGAAGUUGCAGUCCAGAAAGCGCACUAUGCGGCGUCCAAUGAGACUCAGAGGAUGAUGUGCCACGCACUUAUGGAGAUCGCUGCCGCCAUCCGUGGGAACACCCGUGGGAAGAAGCGCGGCGUAGUCCCUGACAACAACCAAGGGCAGGGAAGACGUCGGUGGCAUGCCCCGAAAGCGAAGAGGGCGCGUUUAGAAGAUGUGUCAGCAAGGGUGCCUCAUCGUGGAGCGCAAGGUUGGGCGGCAGCAGCGGGAGGGGACUACGACGAAGAGUUCACGGCGGAGGAGAAGCAGGCAGAGGCGACCAUGUCUGCAGUACGGGAGAGCGGUCGGCAGCGCUCUUUUGAUCAGAGCGCUUCGAAGAGGAUGCUGACCCCUCCACCUGAGGCGCAGCAGCUGCGUGCCCGCGAAACGCAGACAGAGAAGGAUGCCGUCGUCGAUCUUGGCGGCGAGGAUGACGAGCCCUUCGAUAGAUGUCGCAUGCGCACUCGUACGACGGCGACCCCACCGCCGGCGGUGACGGCACGCGCUACUGUAAAUGAAAGGUCAUUCUCGGGUAGGCUGCCCGCCACGCCGUCUCAGCCACGUCAGCGCAACGAGGGUGGUGACGGAGGGUCCGUCCAACGCGGCGGCGGGGGGGAAGUCGUGGCAGACGCGCGCGCAGUUGGGGCCGAAGCGGCAGGCGCUGCGGGGGCGGGUGAUUUAGGCAUUGUGGCCCCCGUUGCGACGGCAAGAGAUGAGGCAGCAGUUGUGGCGACGGCGAGAGAGGAAGCGCGUGGCGAGAAAAAAGGCAAUCGGGAGGGCAGUGAGCCCGGUUCAAGCCGGGUACGUAGAGGAGUGAUGACAAAAGACCUCAUCGAUCGUGCCGUCCUUUGGGUCGACGACGAAGCUUUCUGGACGACAGGGGAGGGGAGAAGACUGUACAACAUCGUCCACGACACGAGAGAGUACUUCGUCGCCAUCGCCAACGGACUUCCACCGCCUGCCGUCCCUGUGAGCAUCGUACUGCUCAAAUCCAGCACGCGCGUAGGCAGGAUCGUCGACCAAUCACAGUUGCACCAAGCGAUCUUCCGUGCGGCGGCAGUGAAGAACGUUGCUCUGCGCAUCUUGCACGGCUGGGUAUUCAAGUCUGGGAACCGCCCAAGGGAUACAAUGUGGCUUUCCAGUACUCACUGGAAUCCUUUGCUACGGACAUUGCGCGUGCUAUGUGGUACGGCGAGGAGUGGUGCGACGUCGUCAGUCCGGCGGUUUGCCCGCACACGAUAGAUCUGUCCAUGGACUUGCCACAGUGGUUCGCCACACCAACAUCGAGGACAGACCGGACGACGACUACAUGGAGGCGCACCAGGAGUCC